CAGUAAUAAUAAAUAUAUUGUCAAAUUUGUUGAAUGUUUUGUAACGUCUAUUCGUUUGUAUUAUUGUACUUAUAGUUAACAACCCAAUCGAUUUUUAUUUGUUUACUUUAUUAUUGUAAUACACAUUUAAGUUAAGAGCUAGUUAAUUUAUAAUUGUCUAGUCCAAAAUACAUUACAUGAUGGCAGGAGAAUUAAAACUCGUUAAUGAAGAGGACUUAGUGCAUUUAAAAGAAAGAAUGAGUUUAAUAGUCAGUGCCGAUCCAGCACAGUAUCAUAAUGAGUUCUCGUUACGAAGAUAUUUGAGAGCGUUUAAGACAGUUGAUCAAGCAUUUCAGGCAAUAUUAAAAACAAACAAGUGGCGUACAGAAUAUGGAGUGGCAGAGUUACACAAUGAUAAAGAACUUAUAGAGAAGUACUCAGACAAAGCUAGAGUACUCAGACAUCGGGAUAUUAUAGGACGACCAAUCAUCUACAUUCCAGCAAAAAAUCAUAGUUCUAGUGACAGGAAUAUUGAUGAAUUAACAAAAUUUAUUGUUUACUGCCUGGAGGAUGCUAGUAAAAGAUGCUUUGAAGAGGUAGUUGACAACUUGUGUAUCGUGUUUGAUUUGAACCAAUUUACACUUUCAUGUAUGGACUAUCAAGUACUAAAAAACCUAAUCUGGUUACUCAGCAGACAUUAUCCUGAGAGGCUUGGUAUUUGUUUGAUUAUCAAUGCCCCAACAUUCUUCUCGGGCUGCUGGACUGUUAUAAAAGGCUGGCUUGAUGAAAACACAGCUGGAAAAGUAACUUUUGUUAACUCUGAAAUGGAUCUUUGCCAAUAUCUGAUACCUGAUAUCCUGCCAACUGAUAUGUAAACUUCUAUACUUAAAUAAGUUUUAUUCAUAUAUAGUGUUUAAGAAAUUAUAACUAAGACAUUAAAUGUUUCUAAAAUGCUGACCAUGAGGACAAAACACCAUAUAAAGUUUUCAUACUCUUUGAAAAUUUUAUUCUAUUAUACUGUAUAAUAUAUUUAAACAUUAUUAUACCAUAUAUAUAUUUACAUGUAAAUAAUAUAUAAAAAGUAUAGUCAUUCUUGCCAUAAAACUUUAAUUUGGUAGGUAAAUACAACCAUGUAAGUAAAAUCCGAGAUUUAUCAUGUGUUGUGUACAUUUUAAAGUUUAUAGAAACAAAUAACAAUACCAAAAAGUCAAUUGCUUUACUCUUACUUCCAUAAAUAUUGUGUUCUUGGUUUUAUAUUAAUUUGUGGCUAACUAAAUUAAGUACUUAACUAUUUAUGUUAUACCUACAUGUAUUUUAAAUGUUUGUUUUGACGUAUUUUUAUUGAAAUGUCCAUAAAAACAAAGUAACCGACAAUUAUUUUAAUUUGUAAAAAUAUUUUCCAUAACUCAAUAACCUAUUUUUAUUAGUUUAUCACUACACCUAAACCUGAAACUUUUAACCACAAGUAACGUGAACAAUAAGCUUUACAAAAACAUAUAGAUCUUUUUUAUACCUUAAAUUUAAAUUUCAUGAAAAUUUAAUAGGCAAUCAUCAAUAUUUAUUACUAUUCCCUAGUUAAUAAAUUUAAGGUAAUAUAAAACGUCAAAAAUGAGAAUUGAUAACAAAUAUAAACAAUUUUUUUCUGUACAUAAUUCUUACACAGGGAGUGGCUUAAUAGACUCAUUACGAUUAACUUUGUACAAAUGCAAUUAAUAAGAUUGUUUGUAUUCUAGUCACAGCCUAACCGCUUAAAGCAAAAGCUCUUAUAUUUGUAUACUCGUAAGCACAUUCUCAUGUAAUUCUAAUUUGUAUCUACUACUUAUAAAUAAUUAAAACAUGAUUAUAAUUUAUAAUAUAAUUGUAAUUACGUAGAUAAGAGAAAUUAAUAAGAAAAUAGUUUCAGUUCUGGCCACAAUUUGUGAAUUAUAUUCACCAAACCGAAGAAAAGUAAUGUUUGCUACUUUUAGAUUGUUAAUUAAGAUUUCGAUGAUGAUUUUCCUAACAGAACUGUGUGAGGGGAAACAAUUGUUAAGAAUUUUAUUACUUAUAAUGAUUUUGAAUAGAAGUUGGACUUUACCGUGAAACAACAAAUUCGAAUUUCAUCCAAAAUUGCUUGUUUUCUAGUAGGUACAAACUUCAUUAGUUUGUAUCAGUCAGUUUUGUUAUCUAUCAAUACAAACAUUCCUUUUUAUCCAACUUAAUUUGCUGCAAUAAAUUUGUUAAUUUUGUAAUACCUUUGUAAUUUCCAGAGUAGAUCACAUAAUUUUCAUCAGUGUUCAUUAAUAUUAGUACGUAUGUAUACUACAUAUUUCAUGUUUAUUUUGUUUAACUAAAGUAAUUAAAUAGAUGAUAAGUAUGGUUGAUUUUUAUAUAUAACUAGCGACUUGCCCCGGCUUCGCACGGGUACAAUGUAUAAAUAAUGUGGUGUCCAUGUGGAGUGAUUAAUAUUACUAUUGUAUCCGUCUAAAUAACAUUCCAAACUCCACAUAAUUUGUACAAUCUUUUUAAACAUUAAAUGGCUAUAAAAUUUUAUUUGUAUAAUGUAUGAAAUGGCAUCGCGUACUUUUUUGUAGAGCUAAUAAAGAGGAACAAUUCCAUCAUACAUUAUUAUAUUUCAAUAUUUUCGAAAAAAGCUCUCAAUCGACUUAAUUUCUUUCGACAUCUUGAACAAAACUAUUUUAAAUUAUACGUAUAAAUCUUCCUCUUGAAUCACUCUUCUAAUGAAAUGAAAACCACAUUAAAAUCCGUUACGUACUUUGUACAGACGGCGGGAAGCGACUUUGUUUUAUACUAUGUAGAUAUUUAGCUGUAUAUUGCAUAUCAAUUUCUUCCUCGUGCUCUAAAACUAUAUAAUGAGUACCUGAAUGAUUUACUUAUUUUAUAUUUAUGUAUAAUAAAAAAGAUUAUAACCCUCACAGUAAUAGGUUAUAAGCCAUUUUUACUUAAGUUCUCUAUUUUUAAUAGCAAAGUAUCAAAAAUCAACAAAUGUUGUGAGGAAGAAAUCGGCUCCACUAUAUUAUAUGUAUAUAAUACUUAUUUCAAAAUCCUGAAAACGACAGGGUACGACUCUUGUUUAGAUUUUCUAAGAAUUUGUAAUAUUUCUAAUUUUUAAUUAGGCAUCCCUAUUGAUGAUACUUCAGUCCUUAAACUAUUAAUCGACCUCUUAAUAUUUCAUAACUUGAAUAAUAAAUUAAUUUAUAACUUAUAUAAUUCAUUAAAAUAAGCAGUACAACAAAUUAGGUAACUAGUAAAAUUAUUUGUUGGUUUACCUCAAAGCACUCUAGGCACAGCGCUAAACAGCACUAUUGAUAAUAGGAAAUUUAUGUAAUUUACUAAUUUAGCGUUUAUAUCUUUUAACCACUCUAGUCGGAUAAAUCCGACAGAGAACCUAUUUACACUUAUAUGGUAAUUACAUUCAGAUUAUAAGAAUUAUCAUAUAUUGAAAUUAUUUGUAAUAGUCGUGAAAUAUAAAAUUAUUUAUUUUGAAAUAUUAGAUAAACCAAAGAUCUACAAUAUAAAGUUGCUGGUUUGAGUUGUCAAAUGCUAGAGACACGGCACCUUCUAUAAAGCGAAGCGGUCAAAAAUUAAAAACUAAACAUUAAAAAUAUUGCAGUAUUUACUUUUUUUUUUUGUUACGGAAAUAGGUAUAUGUAAAGCAUUCCGUUAUGUUAAUAUUUUAGACUAUAGCAAAAUUAUAGAAAUAUAUAAUUUAUUGUUAAGUUGUAAUAUGUCAAGAUACUAAUAUAAUGUUAAGAGGCAAUAAAGUUUUAUUUUAUUACCCACAUGUAAAUUGCACGCACAUCUACUUUUUAGUGUUGUAUCAUAAUGUUAUACAGAUACUGCUCAUGUCUAUAGGCGACGGUUACCACUUUCCAUCAGGUGGACCGUCAGCUUGUUUGCCAUUCUAAGUUGUAUAAAAAAAAUGAUGAAAGAUGUUUAUAAUUGGCUAAGUAAGGAGUUAUUUUACGAAUCAAAUGUAGAAACUCCUUUUUUAGGUCGAUUAAAUCUUUGUCUGAUCUAAAUCUAAUUUUCUUUUUCGCUUCAUGACAUUUGUAACUUUGCCCCGCGUGAAUUCUGUAAAUUCUGACUGAAUGUAGUUUACCGGUGUACCAAAUUCUUAGUAGUAGUGACUAGCAGCCGAAUUAUUAGCAAUAUAUCCUAUGAGAUCGACCUCCCCAUGGUAUCCCUUAGAACUCAUCCUCUUUAAUUCCUGAUGAGCGAUGGCCAUUACGAUGAGACAUCUCACCUAACUAUAUUGUAUUUAAGAAAAAGUUAUAUGAGGGAUCUUAAUAAAAUUACUAGAAACUAUUAGAAAUUUUGUGUCUGUCUAUGUUUGUUUCGGCAUCAUGCAAGCUAAAGUCUAACUUAAAAUCUUGUGUACUUGUUUUAUAUUGAAAUGUCAUCUAUGUCAUCUCUUCCAUUAGUGUUCCUACUUCUAGAAUACAUGCGAUAUGAAAUAGCGAGCUACAGACUAGUUAGGUAAAAUAUCAUUUUAAGUGG